UCGAAGUCGCGACAACACUUUCGUAACGUAAUGAGGACCAGGACGAUCGUAAUGCUGGCCUUGCAAGUGGCGGCCUUGGUGGUGGCGGCCGAUCCGAGUCGGGAAGAUGUCAACAGUCUGGAGUACGUGGAAGGGAAACUCACGAAGGCGAUGGACGAGCUCGACAGGAGGGACAUCAUCGGCAUUUACGGCGACGUGAUCACCAUAGAGAAAAUCGCGGAAGACGAAGGAGAGCAGCGGUCGGAGAAGAGCGCUGAUCCGCUUGUCAGCAGAGUCGAGAGUUUCCUUAGAACUCGGAAGAUUCAAAUCAACCUGCCUAAUGACAGCUCGACCGCCGGUUUAUUCGGCCGCGCCCUGGGCCGCAGGAGCUUCGACAUAGAAUUAAGAAGUCUGACGCGGGGAGCGUCCGAAGCGCGCACCAGGCUGAAGAAGAUGAUCCUACCACUAUUGCUGCUGCUGAAGUUCAAGACUUUGAUUGUUCUGCCUAUUCUUAUCACCGUGGUUGGCCUAAUAGGCAUCAAGAGUUUGGGUGGUGCCUUCUUGUCGCUUUUGCUGUCCGGCGCAGUGAUUCUGAAGACCCUUCUCGCGCCGCCACCGCCGCCGAGGGUUACCUACGGGGUUGUAAAGCCGCAUGAAAUUCACCACGAUCACUGGCACAGGUCGGAGCAAGAGGUCAACUCGCCCUACAGAGGCUGGGCACCUGAGUACAACGGCGACCAAUACCCAUACCAUGAAAUCCCGUGAAACGUGACGCGUCCUUGCCAUUUAUUUAUUUAUUCGUCGUAUGUCCGC